AUGCCUUCCCCUAGAAACCCUCGACCCACGGAAAAGAGAUCCAUCGCUGACUUCUUCCAACCCUACAUCAAAAGCAGCGUACCAGCAAAACGACCCUCCCCGUCCAUCGAAGAGUCAGCACAGAGGAGUUCAAAAAGAGAUAUUCCUACCGUCACAACUCCCAAAGCAAACAGACGACCGGUAAAUGAUUAUGUCGGAACACCCUCCUCCUCCUCCUCCCGCCUCUCCCCUUUAUCGGCCCCGGGUUCAAGGGCUUCUCUCUCCAUACCCAUCCGCAGUCCACGUCCCAAAGACACCAUAGAGCCACCCUCAACAUAUAAGAGAGCCCCCCAAUUUGGUGUAGACAGGAAAAGACGUUCUCCGUCGCCGGAAUCUAGAAAAUCUUUCUCCUUCACAGAGUUACCCAUCUCCACUCAGGCUGUGGUUAAGAAGGGCGAGGUUGUCGAGAUACUGGAUUCAGAUGAUGACGACGAUGCUGAGUCGUUUGCGUCACUGGAAUCUCUAACAGAUAUUUUUGGAAAGAAACAAGAUGGCGAUGCGACAUCCUUAUCGUCUUCUCCGGAACUUGACGAAGCAAAGCUUGAGGCGGAGCGCAUCAAGACGCUGAGUCAAUUUACUCGGGGCAGGUCAGAUGCUUUGGUGGGCAAGGAGAAAUUACGUGCGCUUUAUGCCAAAGAGCGGACACAAAAGUUCGACAUCUCCAACCUCAUCGGGGAUCAUUUUGACGACGACGAGAUCGAACAAAAGGUCAAAAAAGCUCGAUCCGAUGUUGAGGCAUCCGCAAAGACGCCGGAUUCCGAUCGUCACCCAGCCCUGGACAAGAAGCUUUUGGCGGCCAUUGUGGCGGCCGAAGAUGGAGAGAACGGGUUGACCAGAUUGAUGGAUGCUGUUGAUCGCACAGAAGCUUUGGCAACAGAUCGAGUGUUCUUGUUCUUUGGUGUCCAUGGCUUGAACGACUGGCAUGGGGAGCCUCCAGCCACAUUUGAUUUUCCGGAGACCGCCAUUCCCAAUCAUUUAUGGCCUCCGGCCGACGACGAAUCUAGAUCCAGGGCUUUCAAAUCGGGCUAUAUGGCUGAAAUUGCCGCCCAAGGACGAAUGCCCGACGAAGCACUGAGCUGGACAUUUCACAGUGUUGUUCUCGAGCAGGAUGACGACAUGAGACAGGCAUACAUCGACUGUCUUAAAUGCGCAAGCUCCUCAUGGACGAGAACGAAUGUCACCGCUCAAGACGUCCAGACCGUCUUUCAAACCUUGGGAGCGGAUGCCGCCAGUCUUCAAGAUUCCACUACCAUCCAGCCAAGACAUCGGCUGGUGAGACCACCGGCUCGUCGUGAUCCUAAAUACCUUCUUGCCGCGCUGGAUCUCUUCCAAUCAAUAUGUCACGACAUGGAUUUUCUGGCACUGAGUAAACUCACUUCAAUGAUUUGCCGGUUGGCCAUCGAUGCGGAGCUCAUGAGUGACAGUCAAGUGUCUUGCAGAGUCGAUCAGACCCUGGAAGUAUUGCUCUCAUUACCAGAUUCUGACGUGCGAUCACACGUGGCUGAGAGAAUUCUGGCCGAUGUCGGUCAUCAUUUAAAAGAUGCGACCCUCCAAGCUCUACUCUUGUCCCACAUACUGCCCACCUCAACCACCGCCGCCAAAAUUCGGAUCCUUCUCGCACAGUCGUUUCUCUUUGGCGCCCAUAUACUCAAAGACGACAGCUCCCUUUGUCCCCAGAUCUCCCUGGACCUUCUCACAGAGCACGUUUCUACCUCUCCCACCUUCGACACUAGACGUCGAAAAGGCUCAGAUACCCUCGACUACGAUGCUCUGCGUGCCCUCACACACGUCCUCGAUGUUGCAAUAUCAGACGGAGGCCGUCCGGCCAAUUUCACGUCACGACCGGAAGAACUUGCCUUCAAUAAGUCUGUCGACCGCCUAGCGGACAGUAUCCGGGCCACGUACGUUGCUAUCAUUGACACGGGAGCCUCACACAUGCGUCGCACUGAAGCAAAAGAUGUCUUGCAAGCUCUCCACUGGCGUCUUCUGUAUAGUGUGCGCACGGAAGUACGACCGAAGAAGAACAUCUUCGAUCCCAAAACAGGCAAAGCUCGGGAUGCAGAAGAAGAGCGAAUCGAGGAGAAGGGCAAGGAUUUCAUGAAGCAAUUUCUUGCCCGGAGAAAAGAGAGAGAGAAGGCAAAAAAGAUCUCAGAAAGGUCUUCUGUUAAGCAACAAGACAUGAAGCCCGUGAUUUCAUCAGACUCGUCUGAGCCUUCAGAGACGGAACAAUUGAUUCGCAGACAACUGGAGCUGAGCGAGUAG